AUUUUGUUCCCUUCAGCUCCUGCCAUGGUCUAGUCACCAGGAGUUCCUCACGCCUUAUGGGAGUUGUCAGUUAGGACCUUAGUCAGGCUUGCUAUCCCCUGGUUUCGCACGCCUAUUCUUUUAUGGCCUUCAUUUCAGAACGUGUAAUUUAUUUUUAGAGUGUUGUAGCGUGCUGUCCUCGCCGUUGGCCGAAGCUUUAGUUACUUCCUCAGGCGACGGUAUUAUGCUUCAAAAGUUUACACACUGUCUUCCGUAGGGUUUUCGAUGCUUAACAGAUAACCUUCAUCCUUUCCCCCCUUCAACCCAUUAACAGUUCGCCUCCUAUUCAAUAACGGCUUAUAAGCCUCUAACUAUCCCCACACUCCGUCCCCGCUAAGCGCGUCCCGUUAACGACUAUGGAUCCAGUGCUUAUCCUCAUUAUAGCGAGCUGCAUGACGCUCACGCAGUUUUCGCUACAAAUGCGAGACGGCGUCACCACCAGCGCUUACCUCCAUAAUUUCGAUCUUAUGCUCCAAGCCAUGGGCAGCUUGCACGUUCUUCUGGGCAGAUUGAAAGAUUUCAGAGCCUGGGGUGCUGGGACUUCCGGAGCGAAGAAAUCGUUUCAGAAGCUGGAGGAUGUGUUGCGAAAAGUUACGAAUUUGUUACAACGUUGCAUUAGCGCCAGGAGCAAGUUACUUCAGCUUGUAUCGGCUCAUGCUCUUAAGGCGGACGAUUUCACCCGUCUGCAUGCGGACAUGGAACAGUGCCUGGCGUCCGUUCCCCUGCACACGCUCCCGCAGCCACUCGUCGCUCAGAUCUCAGCCGUGCGUCAGCAGCUGCAGUCCACGCCAUUCAAGGAGUGCCUCACGGCGCGCAUGCAGCAGCGCCUGCAGGCCCUGCUGCAGCAGCUGAAGGACACCAGAGACGAAGAGGCAAGGGCCAAGUCAGCGGGGCUGCAGCCACCCCCUAGAGCGGUGAAGGAGCCCCUAUUGGCUGUGGAACUGGCGGACGAGCUGGGACUGGGGGAUGGAGGAGGGGAGGGCGGAGGAGAGGGGGAGGGAAGGGGGGCGUUGCGGAAUGAGGGGGAGGCGCUGGCGCUGGAGAGGCGGAAGGCGAAGGAGGGGAGAGAUGCGGCCCACGCCAAGCUGGUGGAUGAGCUGAUCGCAGUGCACAAGGAGAUGGAGCAGCAGGUGGCCCUACAAGGAAACGGUCAUGCCCGUGCGGCAGGGUGGGAGCAUGAAGGAGGAGGGUCACUCUUCCUAGCAGCCCCGAGCAAUGCGACCACCACCUCCUCGCAUAAGAACACAGUGGCUUCCAUCUUCGCACCUCUGUCGACGCAGCAAGCUCAGAGCCCGUCCUCCAUCUUCUCCCCUCCUCCCAGCCAACGCGCCUUCACCCCGCCCAGUAUCUUCUCCGUGCAGCAGCCCAGCGACGCACAGAGCAACCAGUUUGGGACGCCUCAGAAGGGCAACCCUCCCUCCAUCUUCUCCCUGCAGCAGCAAAGCUGCGCGCAGGGCGACAGAGGAAGCAGCCGCAGCGGCAACAGCGGCAGCAACAGCGGCGGCAACAGCAAUGGCACAAAUAAGGGGUUUCCUGUCUUGAGCUUCGACUCUGACAGUGAUUCGGGAGUGGGGGCGGGAGGCAGGGGGGACUCUGGGUCACAGAGACACCGCCACUACCAGCAGCAGCAGCAGGGCCAGUAUCAGUAUCAGCAGCAGCAGCAGGUUCAGGCGAGGCCCAGGACAGCACCCCAUGCAAGCGACAGAAUCAGCAGCGGCUUUGGCAGUGGAGGGGGGUCGCUCACCUUCGACCCCUUUCAGCAAUUCUCAGCCAGAUCAGCUGCAGCAGCAGCGAACACAGCAGGUGCCACGGCUUCUGUUGCCACGGCCUCUGGGACUGUUGCGGUUGGAGCUGCUACAAGAAACUCAGGGCCGAACGCACCCUUCUCCCUGCAGGCAGUCGAGCUGAUGGGCGCCCCAUCGCUGUCUGCCUGCUCAAACGGGUCGAAAUCUGGGCACCUUGGAAAGGGAGCUCUAGAAGUAGCAUCAGGAGUAGUGUCAGGAGGAGGGGGGGGGGAUAUGAGGCCAGCCAAUCCUCCUGCGUCUGUGGGAUCCAUAGAGUUUUUGGGCCUUCCUCCAGUGCCUUUCCGAGCACAGGGUUUGCAAGCGGGCAAUGGAUCUGAGAGAGAGGGGGGAGCAGUACUAGCAGCCGGACCGACCAACCCUCCCAUGUCUGUUGGGUCAAUAGAGUUUUUUGGCCAGCCGGGCAGAGCAGCAGGGAGAGAGGGAGGAGGAGAAGCAGCAGCAGAGCCAGCAGCAGCAGCACCGUCACUAGCAGCACCAGCCACUGCCCCUGUGUCUGAGGGAUCGAUUGUGUUCUUUGGCCUUCCACCAGCGCCUGCCAAACAACCGGGUGGAGAGGCAGCAGUGGCCAAGCAAAAAGGGGAAGUGGCAGCAACCUGCAGUCUCUACUCAGCAAUGCCACAUUCAGCAGCAGGACCUGCCAGCCCUCCUGAGUCUGUGGGAUCGAUGGAGUUCUUUGGCCUUCCGCCAGUGCCCUCCCAAGCACAGGCAUACCAAGGCGAUAGAAAAGAGCCUGCAGAAGCAGGUAGGACAGUAGAGGUAGAGGAAGGGAGAGAAGCAGCAGGAGCAGCCAACCCUCCUGUGUCUGAAGGGUCGAUAGUGUUCUUUGGCCGGCCGCCAGCGCCCGCCCAAGCAGAGCGGGCACAGCUGGGACGAGCAGGCGAGGGAAAGGAAGGAGGAGAUGGAGUAGCAGCAGCAGUAGCAGCAGCAGCAAGACCAGCCAACCCUCCCGUGUCUGAGGGAUUGAUAGAUUUCUUUGGCAUUCCACCAGUGGCCUCUCAAGCGCAGCAGUCAGGUGGUGCCAGAGAGAGCACACAGGCUGGUUCACACGCAGAGGUAGGGGGCGGGGCAGCACUAGCAGCAGGAUCAGUCAGCACUGCAGCAGCAGCACACGGGGGGAGCCAAAGCAGCAGCAGCAGUAGCAGCAGCAGUAGCAGCAGCAGUAGCGGUAGCAUUAGCAUCCCAAACGUAUUGGCUCCAUCUGUAGCAGUGCAACCAGCAGCAGUACCAGGAGCAACGGCACCAGAAGCACCGCCACCACCAGCAGCAGCAGCAGCAGCAGAUAGACCAGCAGUGACUGGAUCGGUUCACCCUACAGCCACUCCCCCCUACUCCCACCCCCAACUCCCCCUCCCCUUCCCCACUUCACCCCCCUCCUCCACUGCAGGCACCUCCCCCUCCCCCUCCCCCUCCCCCUCCCCUUCCACCCCCUUCUCCCCCUCCCCGCAUCCCCCCCUUUCACCCAAGAGUCCUGGCUUCGGCUCACCAGGUACUAGUCCCUUACGGUGCAGGGCGCGGGCUGGGAAGGUGACUGCUGAGUCGACUCACAAGUCGCACAGUCCCAGUCCUAACCCGAGCCCCGGCACCAGCCCCUUGAGAUGCAGGGGGGCGACUGGGCUGGCAGCGGUUGCAGGGGGGACUGUGGGGAAGGGAGGAGCUGCGAGUGUGGGAGGGAGGUCGCCUGUUAGGAGGAGAGUGGUUGUGGGGGGUGGGGGUGGGGGUGGGCUAUGGAACGGGUUAGAUGUGUUUGCUGCUAAGAAGAUAGGGACAGGCGUAGCAGCAGUAGCAGGAGGAGGAACAGCAGCAGCUGAUGCGAAAUUAGGGACAGCUGCUGCAGCAGGUGCAGCAGCAGCAGCAGCAGGAGCAGCAGCAGGAGCAGCAGCAGGAGCAGGAGGAGCACCGGCAGCAGCAGCAGCAGGUGCACAAGCUAAUGCCACAGUGCCCAGUUCGGGAGCAGCAGCAGCAGGAGCAGCAGGAGCAGCAGGAGCAACGGAAUCCGAUGUUACCAGGCAGAUUAUUCACUCUCUGAAGUUUGGUUCCCCUGAUGAUCAAGCCCAGGCAGCCGGGCUAGUAGGCUGGCACACUAAGUUUUCCCGGUCAAAUCGGGCAGCUUUUCGGGCAGCCGGAGUGAUCGGCGCGCUCAUACCAGUGGCUGCUGCAGCAAACCGCGGGCAGAAAGAAUCAAAGGCAGCAGAGGCAGCAGUACGAGCGCUGGCGAAUCUUUCCACUGAAGACGAAUCAAAGGCCGAGAUCUUGCAGGAGCACUUACUGGCAUUAGCUGAGUGCCUCAGGGUCGCACUGUUAGCUAAGUCUUUCACUUCUCAGGCCAAACUAGCCCGGAUUCUCACUGCGUUAGGGGCCGUAUCUCGAGAUGCUAGCAGCCUUGUGAUUGAUGCUGGUGCUCUGCCGCAUUUGGCAGCAGUGGCUUGCAGCAGCAACCCUGCAGGAGGUGCGACUGAGGUAGCAUACUUAGCAGCAGCUGUAACAGCAGCAGAAGGAGCAGCAGAAGCCUCAGCAGCGCAAGUAGUGACACUGGCACCAGCCACAGCUGCGGAAACAGCAGCAUCAGCAGCAUCAGCAGCAGCAGAAGCAGCAGCUAGGGUAGCAGCAGUGAAAGCUCUAGCCUGCCUUGCGCAGUGCACCUCACGGCACACCCGCUUCAUUGCAGAUGGCACCAUACCCGCCCUCUCCCACCUGCUAUCCCCCCCGCACUCUCCGCUCUCCCAUCUGCCACUAUCAUCCGCGCAGCCCUCCUCGCCCUCCCCUUCUCCCCCCACACUCACUCUCCUGGCUCUCUCUGCCCUCUCCAGCCUUGCAGCCUCGCCCCAGGGCCGGGAAGGGCUAGGCCCGGCGAUCCCGAACCUGGUCGUGCUGCUAGGUUCGGAUGACGAGGCUGUGCUGGUUCGGGCGCUGGAUGUGCUGCUGCUGCUGGCUCGGCACAGCCCCCCCUUGCGAGGCAGCAUCAGGGCGCACGGGGCCAUGCGGUGCCUUAGAGGCGUGCUCAAAGCUGCCUCCCCUGCCGUCUACUCCCGGGGCAUGGACCUGCUUUCAGCUCUUUUCGCCUCUUGAGUCUAGUCUUGGACUCUCCUCUGAUAUAAGUACACC